GCACAAAACAAAAGCCUUCAAGUAUACCCCUUCUCAUAUACAGUAGAACAAUGUCAACUCAACCCUUGGCCCUUCCCUCUCCACCUCCAAAUACAACCAGCAAAACUAUCAGUCGACCCACAUCUAGUUAUCACCCUAGUCUAUGGAAGGAUUAUUUCCUCCAACAUUCUUCAAAUUCCAUGAAAAAUGAACCCACAACACAAGGAGAAUAUGAUGAACUGAAGCAACAAGUAAGGAGAAUGCUAACUGAUGCUACCACCAAUGAUCCUUCAAAGAAAUUGCAUUUAAUUGAUAUGGUUCAACACCUAGGCAUUGCUUACCAUUUUGAGAUAGAAAUUGAAAAUGCCUUAGAGAAGAUAAAUCUUGGUGAUGCUAAUUAUUUUGAAUCUGACAUUUAUACGAUUGCUCUCGGGUUUCGAUUGCUUAGACAACAAGGAAUCAAAGUUUCAUCCGAGAUAUUCAAGAAAUUCAUGGAUGAGAAGGGAAAAUUCAAGGAAGAUGUAGUAAAUGAUGUGCUUGGAAUGUUGAAUCUAUAUGAGGCUGCACAUCUUCAUCUUCAUGGAGAACAUAUCCUAGAUGAAGCUCUAGCUUUCACUACCUCUCACCUUGAAUCAAUGGCAACAAAAGUAAGCCUUCUACUUGCUGAACAAAUAGCUCAUGCCUUAAACCGCCCCAUUCGAAAAGGCUUACCAAGAAUUGAAGCAAGGCAUUACAUCUCUCUGUACUCUAGAGAAACACAUUUUGCUUCCUCUAAUGCAGCACUACUUAGAUUUGCAAAGAUAGAUUUCAACAUGGUACAAGCACUACAUCAAAAAGAAAUCAGUGGAAUUACAGAGUGGUGGAAAAACUUGGAUUUUUCAACAAAGCUACCAUAUGCAAGGGACAGAGUUGUGGAGUGCUAUUUUUGGAUAAUGGGAGUUUACUUUGAACCCAAAUACUCCCUUGCAAGGACAUUUCUAACUAAAGUAAUAGCCAUUGCAUCCAUUUUGGAUGAUACAUAUGACAACUAUGGGACCAAUAAAGAGCUUGAGCUCUUGACCAAGUGUAUUGAAAGGUUAAAUUUUUACCUUUAAAGUUGAUCAUUUUUUUUUUGUCAAUUUAUUGACAUAUAUUCAUAUUUUUCAAAAUUUGUAUUCAUAACUUUGAUUCUAUAAUCUUUAGGAAGUGAAAUUGAGGACGGGGAAACCACGGGAAGUGACGAGUUAGAAAGCUAGCAAUUUCGAGAUUGAUAUAGAUUUUUAGAAAUAAAUCAUGAUCUUGUAAACUAGUAUAUUGGAGAUUUUAUGAUAUGAGAGAAAAUUUUAAAGAUUUGAUCUUCAGAUUUUGAUGGCAUCAGAGUACAUUAUGAUAAGUUCCGAUCUUUGUGCAUUUGUGGGACCUUCUCACGAGUGCACGGCGUCUGUCGCGCCUCGAAUUCGGGUUUU